AUGUCGUCCCCGGUACCACUUCUUCGGCCGCCUAUGCCUGGUGGUCGAAGUCAAAGCGGCAGCCGCACUCCGCGUCUCACACUGGGUAUUCCUCCCUCACCAAGCCAGAAACCAGUCGGCGGCGAAACAGAACCAGUCCCCGAAAUCCCCCGUUUCAGCCUCGCAGCCUCAGGGCAAAAAGGUCCUCCAAAACUAUCGCUGGCGACGCCGAUGGGAAGCCAGGGCUCUUUGCAAGAAGGAGGCACAAGUCUGAGACCACAAAUACAGCCUUUGAAUAUAUCUGCAGUAACAGGAAAUGAAGCCAUCGGCAGACCAAGAGGGGAUAGUUUCCAUGCUGCAAGUGUACCUGGCUCUGCCUCUUCCUCGACAUACUCAGCACUUUCCUUCGCCAUGCACGGAAGACAAGCAGGGACACCGGACCCUUCGUCAGCGAUAAGUUCGAUCUACUCUGAGGCCAGCAUCGGUGGCACGUCGAUGGAGAGGGAAUCAAGUAUGGGCGGGCUUUCGAUCGACUUCGAGAAAUUGGCCAUCGAAAAGGGCCGGCCGCUCGACGUGGAAGACUUGGACGACGAGGGCUGGGGAGCUGCGAGCGAACAGAAGAAGAUCAUUGAGUUGGGCUCCCUAGGGGAAGGUGCUGGAGGUGCAGUGACGAGGUGUAUGUUGGAAGGCGGAAAGACGAUAUUCGCUCUCAAGAUCAUCACAACCAGCCCUGACCCCGACGUCAAGAAACAGAUACUCCGUGAGUUGAAGUUCAACAAGAAUUGCACGUCGGAAUACAUCUGCCAAUACUACGGAGCGUUUAUGGACAAAUCUUCCAGCACGAUAUCAAUAGCGAUGGAAUUCUGUGAAGGUGGCAGCCUUGAUAGCGUUUACCGGGAGGUCAAGAAGUUGGGCGGUAGAACAGGAGAGAAAGUGCUGGGCAAGAUCGCAGAAGGUGUGUUGCAUGGCUUGACAUACCUGAACAGCCGGAAGAUCAUACACCGAGACAUCAAACCCUCAAACAUCCUCCUCUGCCGCAAUGGCCAGGUCAAACUCUGCGACUUCGGAGUAUCUGGCGAAUUUGGCACUAAAGGGGACGCCAAUACCUUUAUCGGCACGUCUUACUAUAUGGCACCGGAGCGAAUACAGGGCCAAUCAUACACGAUCACUUCGGACGUCUGGUCUCUCGGUGUGACACUACUCGAAGUCGCGCAACAUCGCUUCCCCUUCCCCGCCGACGGAACGGAAAUGCAGCCUCGUGCUGGUCUGAUAGAUUUGCUCACGUAUAUCGUCGCCCAGCCUAUCCCGAAACUGAAAGAUGAACCGGACAACGGCAUCAAAUGGAGUGACAUGUUCAAGUACUUUAUUGAGUGUUGUCUGGAGAAAGAACCUCCCAGAAGGGCCACGCCUUGGAGGAUGCUCGAACACCCCUGGAUGGUGGAAAUGAAGGCCAAGAAGGUCAACAUGGCGGCGUUCCUGAAACAGGUGUGGGAUUGGAAAGAUUGA